GGGGGAGGUUUUACUUCCGGGAAGAUGGCGGCCUCCAUGCAGAGCUGGGCACGUGUCUGUGGGGAAGGAAUCCGGUGUAACAAGUGAUGCACAGGGAGGCCUGGAAGCUGCAGGGUUCAAGUAGCAUCAAGCUUUAGAACAGCAACCUGACUCCAUCAUGAACGGCUCUCCCAAGAAUAAGACCAAGGGGAUGAAGUUUGCAGAGCAGCAGUUACAGAGACACGGCUGGAAACAAGGCAAAGGGCUGGGGAAGCAAGAGAACGGCAUCUCUGAAGCCAUCAAGGUGAAAGUGAAAUGCGACACAGCUGGGGUGGGUCACGACCCAGCAGAGCAGUUCACUUUCCAUUGGUGGGAUCACCUCUUCAACAAGUCGGCUGCGAACAUCUCGAUAGAGGCUGGGCAGGAUGGUGUCCAAAUGAAAAAGCUCUCUGAGCAGGAUGGGGAGAUCAGCAACAAGAAGCCCCGCAAAGCACCCAGUGCCAGGAACAUGCUGUAUGGCCGCUUUGUGAAGGCGGCCACGCUGACGGCAGGAGGGGAGGAGCCAACGGAGCAGGUUUCCACCUCUGAGAGCAGCGAGGACGAGGAGGAGAAACUGGACCUGUCUAGUGCUAGGAAGCUGACGGAUGAGGAGCUGGUCCGAGCCUGCGGUGGCCGCACCGCGCACAAGGGAGCCCGUCAUGGUCUGACCAUGAGUGCCAAGCUGGCCCGGCUCGAGGAGCAAGAGCGAGCCUUCCUGGCUAAGUACGGCCAGGAGGCGGCUCCCAGAGGUGGCGCCCCAGAGCGUCAGCAGGAGGCAGCGGCAGGUACCUCGGCCCCGGAAAGCAGCAGCCCGGCUGAGAGGCGGCAGAAAGCCAAGAAGAAAAAGCGGAAGAGAUCCAAAGAGAGGGGGGGUUGUGCCGAGGAGGAGGAGAGGCAGGCCAGGAAGAGGAGGAAGAAGAAAGAGGAGGAGGAAGUGGUGGAGGGUUUGGAGAGCGAGUUGCAGGACUCAAGGGAGCAGCCCGAGGGGAGGAUGGACUGGGACGGUCCCAGGGAAAGGACCAAAAAGCAGAAAAAGAGGAAGGUGCAGUGAACGAGGGCUCAUCCUGUUUGAGGGGGGUGCCACCCGCAGGCCUGCUAUGGACCCGCUGCACAUUCAUCUGCGGGACCUCUUCCCAGUCACUCUGCAACCACUCUUAGUGCCCUUUGGCUGCAGGGGUUAACGGGCCUGCCCCUUACCCAAGGGGGCCGCUCUGCACACAGGUACCUGGCUGGAAAGACAUGGCUAGUGUCCGACUGCUGGAAAAGAGCCACUGGGGAGUUUAUAGCCGGGGUGGGUUUUUUUCUCCUCCGGGAUCUAACCCUGAUGCUGCUGGAGCCCAGCCGGAAGCAGAUGCUCUUAGGGUUUGUUCACACAGCAGGUUAGGGCGUGAGGCACUUUCAGUGCAUUGCAGCAGCGUCCACACGGGACGUUACUCUGCAGCAGCUUCACCACACAGUAACCGCUGUGUAGACAAACCCUUUGACCUCAGACAAGGCAGAGCGAAGAGGAGAUGAAAAAUACCACUCUCAGCACUGAGCACGGCUCUGCCUUGCAAGGGAAUCAACUGAUCACGCCACUUGUGAAUACCUCAAUUCUCCAGCUUUUGUAUCGUUAGAAAUCCCAUUUCUGGCUGUUGCUUCCCAUCAGCGGUUGCAACCUCAGUAACUGCAGGGAGAGUUUUGCUGCAGACUUCAGGGGGCCAGGGUUUCACCCAUGGUAUGUUUGCAGCAUGGGUCAGUUGCAUAAGAAUGGAUGGGAAGAGGGGGAAGGAAAGGCCAAUUCAGAGUGAUUUUUAGUGUCAAUAAAUCUUUUAUUGCAGAGAAAA